AUGAAGGAGGUCAUGGCCCGAGUGGUGCACUCUCCAAAUGGCAGCUUGUUCCCCGCUCAACCAAUGUCCGCAAUUGAAAUUCCUAUUCGCGCCCAGAACAACAAUGACACUGGCCUCAAAAGGAAACGACCAACGUCGAGCUCCCCUUCACCCCUGAAAGGAGAUCGCUCACCCCCACCGAGGAGAAGACGCUCAAAUACACCUUCUGAUGAUGGUAACACUGCUGCUGGAAAAAACAAGUCGGAUGGGAAGGAGCGAGGCCAGCAGGACGCAGCUUUUGAUGCUCGCGCAGAAUUCCUCAAGCUGACCGCCAACAGCCGUUCAGGAGGCGUAUACAUGCCACCAGCACGAUUACGCGCACUCCAAGCGGAGGCUGCGAAGGACAAGAAUAGCGCAGAAUACCAGCGUCUGUCUUGGGACGCCCUCAGAAAAUCGAUCACCGGUAUCGUUAACAGGGUUAACAUUGUCAAUAUCAAAUCCAUAGUCCCCGAACUGUUCAACGAGAACCUCAUACGCGGAAAGGGCCUAUUUGCUCGCUCCAUCAUGAAGGCCCAAGCUGCUUCUCUGCCAUUUACACCAGUAUUCGCUUCUCUGGUUGCCAUCCUUAAUUCAAAACUUCCAACCGUUGGAGAAUUAGUUCUUAUUCGUCUCGUAAGCCAGUUCAGACGCUCCUUCAAGCGCAACGACAAGCCAGUAUGUGUGGCCACAUCCACCUUUAUCGCACAUCUUGUCAAUCAAUCUGUCGCCGCUUCUUUGCUAGCGUUCGAGAUCAUUAUUCUAUUGCUCGAACGCCCGACGGACUCCAGCGUUGAGAUCGCCGUUGGCUUCAUGAAGGAGGUUGGCGCCUACCUUGCUGAAUCGUCUCCAAAAGCGAACCUUGACGUCUUUGAUCGUUUCCGUGCCGUUUUGCAUGAAGGCACUAUCGACAAGAGGGUUCAAUACAUGAUCGAAGUCUUAUUCCAAGUCCGGAAAGAUAAUUUCAAGGAUAACCCGAUCAUCCCCGAAGGUCUUGAUUUAGUGGAACAGGAAGAUCAAAUCACACAUGAAGUGUUUUUGGACAGCAAGUUGGAGGUGCAAGAGAGUCUGAGUAAGCACCCUGUUUUUUUAGGCGUUAUGAUUACUCAUCCGGCUCGCGUAGACGUUUUCAAGUUUGAUCCUGAUUACCUCCAACACGAGGAAGAAUACAAAGACUUCAAGGCUGAAGUGCUGGGUGAAGAAGAUUCAGAUGAAGAAGGAAGCGACAGUGAUGAGGAUAGUCAAGAAGAAGGUAAGAGCAUCUGA